AUGCUCUUCCACGGGUACGCACCGCCUUUGCAAUCCACGGCCGGCAAUACCAGGGAUAGGACGACGGAUUGCUCGGGUCUCCUGGAGAGUUGUGAGGCCCUGAAGGCUUUCUGCGACCGCAACCUGCAAGGAACGCAGGACAGCCCCAUGAACUUUUCGCUUCCGGAAAGCAGCGGCGACCAGGGUUCUUCAGGCUCUGCCAGCGCUCCUGCAGCGUACCAGGGACCGAUCAUUGAAGAGAUUACGGACGAGGCAGAAGAGUCGCCCAAGGCUCCACCUGCCGCCUCGUCCUCUUCGUCCUCGCAGCCUGCGUCCUCGUCGUCGCAGCCAGCCAGGGCGAGCGAAGCCGCUGCAGGCUACCCAGCAGCACAAGAGGAGCAACUGAGACUGCUCAUUGCAGCUGAUACGAUCCAGGCCGAAGCCUUGUGCGCCAGCUGCGGCUCUGAGCUGAUCUUCGGCUCGGAGGAGGAAAUCCAGGCGCAUUUGGACGGCCCUGGGCGGGGUCUCUGCUGGGUGGCACAAAGAGGUGGCCGUGCCGUGGGUGUUCUUCUCUGCGGUUCUGAUGGAGUCUUCGGACAUGUCCUUCAGCUGGCAGUAGAGCCUGGCGACAACCAGCGGAGCAUCCGAAAGGAACUCGUCGCAUGUGGCCACAAGGCUUGCAGCGAACUUCGCCUCCAGGGCCUCAGAGUGGCGAUCGAAACCGCCGAUGAUGGCAUUUUCGAGGAGCUAGGCUGGCGGCCCAUUGUGAACGUCUGGAGCAGCCCCGAAGAAGACCGGCCACGAAAAAAGGGCCGGACGGCCAUGAAUGGCACCGGCGCGGCAAGCUCGGCCGCCGCGCCCCGGAAUUCCGACCCGAGGCUACGGAGAGAUGACAAGGAGAUCGCGAUCACCAAGAGGGCUACUUGCUACAGGUCCAAGGAACUCCACUACCGCAAGGAGACGGAUGCCGUGAAGCAGGGGAUUGACAAUGCCAGACUCAAGGAGUGGGGGAACUGGCAAGGUUUCGAUGCGGUCGACAUUAUCCUCUCGGAGGACGUACCGGCCUACCUCAAGGAGCACAAGGACGCGGAGAUCACCCCAACGAGAUGGGUUGACAACAACAAGGCGCAACCUUGGGAAGACCCUCGGUACAAGUCGAGAAUAGUUGUCAGAGGAGACCUCGAGACGGGAGCAGAAGGUGCCCGCACUGACAGCCCUACAGCGUCUGCCAUGAUGUUCAACCUCCUCUUGAGCAUCACGGCCAACAAGCGCUGGCGACUACGAGGAGGUGACAUCACGGCCUCCUUCCUACAAGGAGAUGUUAUCACCAGGACCUUGAUACUACGACCACCGCCUGGAGGACUUCCCGGAGUACCCGAAGGAGCACUUUUACGGGCUCGGAAGCCCGUAUACGGAACCAAAGACGCUCCGAGAGGCUUUUGGAAACGUCUACACCGAGUUGCUCUGUCAAAAGGGCUACGCGCCAUACCGGGAGAGCACGCCGCCUACGUGCUGCAGGACAAGCACCACGGACUCCAAGGGAUCGUCAUCGCUCAUGUGGAUGAUUUGCUGUGGAGUGGCUCUGAGGCCAUGGACAAGGUCAUGGACGAGAUCAUCAAGGAGUUCAAGUUCGGCGCCUUGGAAUUCGGCGACAAGUUCGAUUACUGCGGACGGACCGUGGAGCAGGGCAAGGACGGCAUCACCAUCACGGUCCCCAACAAUGCAGCGAAACUGAGACCGAUACACCUUGGGGCCGAACGCCGGCGACAAAAGGACCACUAUGUGACGGAGCAAGAACGCGCCCAACUCAGGAGCAUCGUGGGCAGCCUUAAUUGGUUAGUGCGUGUAUGCCGGGUGGACAUCGCCUACGAAGUCCACCGCUUGCAGGCAGUGAUGCAAAAGGCGAUGGUGGAGGACCUCAUCAUGUGCAACCAGAUCCUGAACUAUGUGAAGAAGACGCCCAACAAGGGGAUGCACUUCCAGUACGAGGCCUUCGACAUCAACGACAUGACGAUCUACAGCAUCACCGACGCCAGCCACGGUGCCGACUACGACAUCGCCAAGAAGGGAGAUCCACUGGGAAACCGGUCACAGUCGGGCCGACUACUACUACUCGGCCCCAGCGCUCUGGAGACUAUGGGAGCUGGCAAUGUGCACAUCCUAGAGUACCACAGCUCAGUGAUACGAAGAGUUUGCCGCUCCACACUCCAAGCUGAGACGUUGAGCAUGGUGUCAGGCUACGAAGGUGCGGAACAUGUUCGCUCGGUGCUCUAUGGCAUGAACUAUGAGGAGGACAAGCACGACCUCAUCAAGGCCAUGGACCGCUACAAGAUCGUGAUGAUGACGGACUGUAAGAGCCUGGAGCAGCACCUACGGCAGCCGGGUUUGCACACUGUCGGAGACAAACGUCUCGCGAUAGACCUGAGCGCCUUGAGACAGCUCGUAUGGCGCCUACCGGGAGAAGAUGUGGGUGACCCUAUGUUGGCGGAUGCACCGCCAUCCUCGGCUACAACAACGGUGCAGUGGAUCGACACUUCCACUAUGGUCGCGGACGGCCUGACAAAGCGGAUGAAGAGCCCGCAGAUCGACGAGUUGAUGGCUACCGGAGCCGUCAAUGUAAGCUUUGUCAAGGAUGUCAACACCUACUACCAGGCCUGGGAUCAAGUCAAUGUGGACCGGGCGUUGGUGGCGGAGGAUGGCAUGGACCCAAAUGUGGUCCCCGAGAACAUCAGGCCGCUCGCCGAUUUCGGAGACCUGGACCGUCAGCUGGAUAUGUCCACGAAGAUCUCCAGAUUCUCCUGGGAUCAGAGCGACCGAUUCGUCAGCAUCUACGUGCCCUUUGAUGGUGCCCGCAUCUCGGAGAGCUUCAUGCUAUCGAAGAUGCCGGGCAUCGACUACUCGAAGUUUGACAAGAUUGAGGACUCGGACGACGAGCCGCCAAAGAGACCUCCGCCGCAGCCGGUGCCCGAGGUCGCUCCCGAGGCGCCAGCGCAGCUCCCGGAAGAGCACUGUCGACCUCUCUCCGACGUGCCGAAGCUAGAGCUGCCAGAUGGGGAUUGGCUGACUUUCUAUCAGACAAAGAUGACCGCUCCCCAGAGGAUGCAGACGUUGGUCCAUCUCUGGAACUCUGCAAACCAGGAGGAAAGAGUGGAGUUUCUGCGGCACUUGAUCGACUUGAUCAACAACCCCACGAUUUCGAACAGGAUAAAAGGCGGCCAGGAGGUCCUCAAGGACUUGGACGCCAACUUCUACCGUGGCGUGACAUUCCCAGAAGAGUGGGUGGUCGCAUUUCAGACGUUCGCCAUCGAUGACAAAAAGAUGGCCUUCGAGAAGCUCUUCAAGUCCUUAGACCAGCAGGAGCGCGGCCUUGUACUGGGCACUCUGAUGUAG